CACCAGAGCAUCUUUUCUUAGCAAUUUGAUAUGUCAAACUUUGUGAUUCUUCCAUUCUCAAUGAACAAAUGAGGGAAUAUUUAGUCAUAUACUUACAUAUCACAUGCAACCUCUUGGUUGGCCAAUGUAAUCUUAUUCAUGUUUCCUGAGAAGGGCAAAGGCGAUCAAUAUAUGGAGUCUUAUUAUAUCGAUCCUCCAGUACCGCUGAAGGGAGGACAUCACAUCUAAUCCAGGUGUGAGUGAGGAACAACGCCCUCUUGUGACUGAUUUGCUGAAUAAGAUGAUUCAAUCAGCCACUGCUCCAGAAUCUCUCCCAAACCCCAGUGUCUUGUUGGCUCUUCGCUUGGCUCGCGAUCACAACCUGAGCUUUGAGCAAAGGUUGCUAAAGAGGCUUACCGACGAUGCAGUAGAUAGGGUGAAGACUGGGAAAACUUUCACUUCCGGUCAGGUGGCCCUUUAUGCCUUAGCUCACAGGGCUUCCUGCUCUGAUCCCCGGAAAGUCUCUACUGCAGAUUUUGAACUGGAUCUGAUGAAGCUCUUGGAAAAGAAGUUUGCGAUGGAGCUGGAGAACAUCAAGAUCCAUGGCAAUUCCCUGACCAACUAUUACCAGCUCAGCUUGUGUGUUCUUGCCCUCUGUCAGCUUCAGGGUACCUUCUCACCAUCUCAGACGGCAGACCUGCUCAUCCCAGACAAUAAGAAGUAUUACCUUGGUGGCCAUUUCUCUGUGGACAUUGCAGCAGUAGCAGUCCUGGCUCAGAACUGCGUGCAGACCACAGAUAACAUCCCGCCAAAGGCAAACAGGACAAUAACAGCAAAUAUACAGUGGCUGCUGAAGAAAAUUCUGGAGCAGAAAAGCAGCAAUGGAAUAAUUGGGAAUAUGUACAGCACUGGAGAAGCCAUGCAGGCUUUGUCUGUAUCUGACAAUUAUCUCACACCAACAUCCUGGAACUGCUCUCAGACUUUGGCCACAGUCCUUGCUGAUAUUCCUAAAGGCACUUUUGACAACCCUAUGGCUGCUGCUCAGCUCUUCCCGUCUCUGGAGGGCCGAACCUAUCUUGAUGUGAGCACAAUUAACUGCUCCAAGGAUGAAGCUGUUGCCCUUCUGUUUAUGUUCUGCAUAGUAACCAAUGCCGAUUCCAUCUCUCCUGGGACUUGCUCUGUCCCUGAUAGUCAGCAGUGGUUGGUUACAGGACUCCAGACUCUGCUAGUGGACUCUGUCAAUCAGCACAGCUCACCUGAUCCCAGUGUCCUGAUUGCUCUGAACCUGGCUGAGGACCAAGACCUCAAUGUAAGAAAACAGCUGGUUGAGGAGAUCAAGAAAACAGCCAUAAAAGAGAUGACCUCGGGCAAAGUGGCGCUUUAUGUCCUAGCUCUCCGAUCAUCCUGUGAGAAUCCUAAUGAUGUUGCUACACCUGAAAAAAUUGUCAACUUGCUCCAUGUCCUGGAAGAAAAAACUAAAGAAGAGAUUAACUAUUUACAUGACUAUGGGACCCCAAAGACAACCUAUUACCAGUUGGCCCUGGAUACCUUGGCACUGUGUGUGGAAAAAAGCCCGGAUGUUGAAUUGGCUGCUGUAAUCCUUGCCAAGGCAGCACUGGCAAAUGACUUUCAGAGCUGGGGGUAUUUCUCUGUAGAUACUGCGGCCAUGACGAGUUUGGCUCUGAGCUGUGUGUAUGAUGGAAUAAUCGCGGUUCAACAAAACAAGCUUGUAGGAGCCAUUCAGGAGGCACUAGCUAUGAUAACAAAGCAAAUCCUUGGAUCACAACAGAGCAAUGGCAUUAUUGGAAACCUCUAUAGCACUGGGCUGGCAAUGCAGGCUCUCAAUAUUACUACUGAGUUCUACAUCGCUGGGGCAUGGAGUUGCAUGAAGACCCUUGACAAAGUGCUGAAUGAGGUCUACUUGGGAGCCUUUAAUAACCCUGGGACUGUUUCUCAAAUCCUACCUUCUCUAGUGGGCAAAACAUACCUGGAUGUGAGGGAUCUAACUUGUUCCUCAGAAAACAUUCCCACCAUUACAGUACGCUACACCAUAAUCAAUGACCUAAUAGGGCCCUAUUUCAAGUAUUCCAUAACAGUGAAUGUACCAAAGGGCUCCGUACUGCUUGCUGUCUUGGAAACUGCUCAGCGUGCUAAACCAAGCGAAUUCAGCUUUCAGACAGAACAGACCUCCUGGGGGCCCAUGGUGAUUUCUAUCCAUGGCAUCAAUGCUAGCACUGAUGAUAAGACCUAUUGGCAGUUCCUCAGUGGCAAAACACCUCUUGAACAAGGUGUGGGCAGCUAUAAGCCUGUGGAUAAUGAACAAAUUGUGGCUGUCUUCAGUAAAUACUGAGCUACAAGCUUGCAACAGGAAGGACAAAGGUUCAGAAAUAUAUGUCUCAACUCUCAAUAUGUAUAGUUUCUGCUUUAGGCUAAAGAGAUGUGUAUUUUAAGAUACAACAUUCAACCAUAUUGCAUGCUACUCUGCAGUUCUGUCACGUUAAAAAUAAAGUUGUUGGAUAUA